GUCGGGGAGCCCUGCAGCUCGCGGCGUCGAGGGCCCGACGGCUGGGGGCGAUGCGGACCUCGAGGGGGCCGAGCGCCUCCUGGAGGGCGCAGCCAGUGGAGCAGGAGGCGCACGGGCCCCCAUCGGCGCAGCGCGGGCCCCCGGGGGGCACCGCGAGGGGCCUCGCGAGCCAGAUCGAGCUGCUCGAGGCCAAGCUAGGUGA